GUGAACUGAGAAUUCAUUUUUCCAUACUACAUCUCUUAGUAAAAGGAAAAGUCACAACUUUUAUUAAUAGGUAUAAACAAAGAAACAUUACAUUACAAAUCAUUAGCAUAUGAUACUAUUUACCAAUUUAGUAAUAAAAAAAGAGCUGAAGAAGAUAUGACAACUAUUGACUUAUAUAAAAAAAAAAUUGAGCAAUUAAAAGAAAAUACCGUAGAUGUACAAGAAAGUGAAUUAGAAAAUCUUAAUAAUGAAGAUUAUAUUAACAGCGCUAAUGCAAAUAUAAAUAGAAUAAAAAUACUAGAACAAGAAGAUAAUACAACAAAUGAAAUAAUAUCCAAUAUUACAUCAGAAAAUAAUGUUGAUCAUAUAAAAACAAACACUGAACAAAAGUUGAAAGAAGUUAAAAAAGAAAAAAGUAGCAUAAAUUAUGCAUUAAAUGAGAUUAAUAUGGAGAAAAUUUUAGUAUCAACAAAAUUUAGUAGUAUUAUCGAAUGUAUAAAAAAAAAUACGAAAAAAGCUGAACAAGAAAAAGAAAAAGUAAAAGAACAAUAUAGAGAAUCAGAAAAUAAGACAAAAACAAUAUUAAAUGAUUCUAAAAAAGCAGAAUUAAAAGAUUUACUAAGAAGCAAUUUAGAUCAAAAUUCUAUGGGUAGGAACAUAGUUGAUAUUAGAAUAAUUAAAUAUUGUAUUGAAACUAAUACAUAGGAAAUAAAGGAUAUUUCAACAGUAAUGAACAACAUAAAGAAUCUUCCGAACUAUACCCACCAUAAUAAAAAUGGGAAAGAUUAAAAAGACUAUUUAAAAAAUCAUGAUCAUCAUGAAGAAAACAAAAUAACAAAAGAUGUAAAAAAAAAGAUAAGUAAUUAUGUAGAUAAAUCUGAAUGUUACUUUAAUGAAGAAAAGACUCUAGGAAUUAUAAAUAAUUAUGAAUGAUCUUUACAAUAUAAACAAAAUAUGAGUGAUAUUUUUAACUAAUCUUUAUGUGUAGGUAUAAAAAUAAAGAUUGAAAUGAAAAAAAAUGAUAUAAAUGAUGUAAUUGCAAAAAUUCUAGACGAUUAUUACCAUAUUCAAAAAAUUAUAAAAUAACUAAAGAAAGAUUAAAUAGACUGAAAGAAGAUAAAAUUAUAAAUGAUAGAGGAGACGAAUAAUGAAAAAUCUAAAGAUGGAUUUUCUCGAAUACAAAUUACAAGAACAAAUAUUACUGAUGUUUUCUUCGAAAUAUAAAUGAUAAAAAGUAGAAUUUUUGAUAUUUUUAAUUUUUCUGAAAGUGCUGCAAAGUCGUUUUCAAUAGAAAAUGAAAAAAAUGAGGUAGAUUUAUUGAGUAAAUCGAGAAUAGAACAAAACAAUUUAGAAAAUAUUUCUGAAAUUUUAAAAAAUAUUGAAAAUUUAAGAAGUGAAAAAGAAGGAUUAAAAACAAUGAAUACUAAAGUUAGCAAUGUAGAAAGUGAAAUUAAAAAAAAAAUAUAUGAAGAAGGAAUAUUGAAAGAGAUAAAAAGAGUAGCUGGUGAAGGGGAAAAAAGUGUUAUAUCCAUAAAAAAAUCAAUAAAUUUAGCUAUAAAAGCUUCUAUCUCAUUUUUUAAGAAUUCUUUAUUAAAAAAAAAUGAUAUUACAAAAAAGUAUGAGGUUUAUAAAGGUAAAAUGAAUGAUAUAUGUUGUGCAUUUAAUAAAUCAUAUAAUGUAAUAAAAGUUUUUUUAAUAAAUGCUUUAGAAUCCUACACAACUUAUGAAAAAGCAAAAGAAAAAAAAAAACUCAUUGAAAAAAAGGAGGAAAUGAAAAAAUUGUUAGACAAUAUUAAAGAUAUUAAUAAAAAUGAGACUAUACAAUUAGCAUCUUAUAUAAAGGAAGAGUUAAGGAAAAUAAUUGAGAAAUGCAAACAGGAGUACUUAUAUGUUAAAACGAAUCCGGAUAAUAUUAAAGGAAACUAUGAGAAUAUUAAAAAUAUAGAUUAUCCAGUUAUUGCACUGAAUGAACUAAAUAAAGUAUGAAAUAAAGGUAAUGAAAUUAAAAAAAGAAAAAAUAAAUACUAUUUCUACAAAAAUGAAGCGAGUAUAAUUUUCUGUGAGAUAGUUGAAGAGGCAAAUUAUAGAAAUGAAGUAGCAAAAAAGGGGUCAAUACUUUAUGAAGUUAUGAAUGGAGCAGAAGAUAUUAUUAAAAACAUACGAAUAUUUUUAGAUGACAUAAAUAAAAAAGAAAAAGAAAGUGAACUUUUUGUUAUUAAAGUUGGUGUAAUUUAUGAACAAAUAAAAUUCAAGGAUGAGUUAAAGAAAAGAAUUAAAGAAGAAAAUAAUAAAGCAGACGAUAUUUUAUCUAAAAUAUGAGAUACACUCAAGAGUUAUAUAAUAAUAAAGAUAAAUAUUGAUAUCAAAAAAUAUAAUGAAAUUUAAUAAACCACGAAGCAUAAAGAUUUUAAAGAGAUAAUGAAUUUAUAUAAUGAAAAAUUAAAGUAAAAGAAAAACAAGUCAAAAAUAAACACAAUAAAAAAUUAACUUGAUAGAAGAAAAAGUUCUUUAAAUAAUUUAUAGAAAGUUAUAGAUAAAUUACAAAAUGGUGAAUCUGCCAUUACAAUACCAGAGAAAGCAAAGUAUGAUAUUGAUAUAAUUAUGAAUAAAUUAAAUUAUAAACAUAAAAUUGUUUUAGAAAUUAAUACCUAUUUUGAUGAAUUACUACAAUUGGGAAAAAAUCAUAAAUUAUCUUUAAUGUUCUUAAUCAUCACAACUAUUAAUGUUGAGUCGUCAAAAAAUAUAUUAGUUACUCAUAAAAAAAAAAAAAGGCAUUAUUCAUAUGUAGAAUACAUAAAAAGUAGAUAUGAUGCAAUAACUAGAUAUAUUAAUACAUUAGACAAAGAAUAUGAUUGAAAUAUCAUAAGGGACUAUGAAUCGGAAUAUGUUGAAAAUGCAAAGAACUAUUGGGAGGAAUUUAAAGAAAAAGAACAAAACAGAAUGGUGGCUAAUAAAAAAAUAUUAUUACCUUAUGUGAUAUAAGAUUAACUUACUAGUUAGGGAAAUAGAAGUCAGUCAUGCAUUAACGCUAGUUAUAAAAAAAAAAAUAUAUAUAUAUAUAGCUAUAUUUUGUUUAGUUUAUUUUAUUUUGAUACAUCUUUGUAAUUUAAAAUAUAUAUAUAUUAUAUAUAUAGUUAUAUUUUUUUUGGAAGUUGACGUUUUGAGUUGAAAGAUUAUUAAUUUUUAAUUGAAAGAUAAAAAUUAAUAUAUUAAAAGCAAAAUGUUUAUGUCAUAUUCGAUUUAUGUUCUUGAAAUAACAUUGAAUAAUUUAGAAUUUAAUUAAGUUAUUUGUUAUAACUUAAUUUUUUGUGUGUUUUUAAUUAAAAGAAUAUGCUUAUUCUUUGUAAUAAGAAUGAAUUUGUAAAAAUAAAAUAUGUCUGUUAGGCAUUAUAUAAUUACUUAAUUCAAAUUAAUUGUUGUAUAUUAUAAAUAUUACUAAAUAUGAUAAAAAUUAAGUAUUUAUACAAAAAAUCAGAAUAUUUAAUUACAUGCUCUUUAUUAAUUUGUUUAUUUAAUACCCCAUAAAAGCCAUUAAACUGUCAAUUAAUAAAUAAAAUGGGGAUAAUUAAUGAUAUAAAAAAAGAAAUUUCAGAAAUCAGUGAAAACAAUAAUGGUGAUGAUACAUAUGAGAGAUUACAGAAUUUAAAAGAUCUUCGUGAACAAUUCAAAAAAGAAACAAAACAUAUAAAUAAUAUUUACAAAAAUAUAAGAAAUAUUAAAUUAAAAGAAAUGAAAAAUACUUCUAAAAAAUUUAUUGAAAUGGUAGAAUAUCAUAAGAAUACUAUAAAUAACCAAAAGAAAAUUACUAGGUAACAAUCAGCAUCUAAAAGAAAUUGAAGAUUAUUUAAUAAAAAUAUAACAAGAAUUAUUUCAUAAGUAUAUGAUGAAAAAAAGCUUAUUCAAAAAUUCAAUAAAAUUUUCGAAGAUAUUAUUUCUUCAGUCAAAAAAAUAAAUAUGUUAGAAAAUGGCAAUAAUAAUGAAAAAAAUAAAACAUUCAUAUAUACAGGAAAAAUUUAAUAUUUAACAGAAAGAGAAAAAUAUAUUUUAAAAUAUUUGGAAUUGUAUCAGUAUGAGAAUGGUUGUGAUUUAUCAGAAAAAGAAAACAAGGACCUCCUAGACAAUUUAAUUGAAUAUAAAGAAAUAAUUAAGGGAAGAAAUAAUGAAUCAAAAAAAGAAUUAAUGGGUAUAUUAAAUAAUUUAGAGUGACAUAAAGAAAUUGUAUUUGCCAAUGAGAAAAUAAUUCUAUUCAUGAUAUUCAAAAAAUUUAACAAAAUAAAAUAAAAUUUUGAAAAAGAAUCAUUUAUAAUGGAAAAGAAUAAUCAAAUAAAAAAUUGUUUAAAUGAAGAUAAAAUAAAUAAAUUAAGCUAUAAAAUUAUGUUAAAUAAUAAUAAUAUUGAUAAUAAUUCUCAGUAUGAAAAAGAAAAUCAAGAAUCAAAAAGAAAAAAUAAAUCUAAUAAUACAAAACUAAAAUUAGCGGGUGUAUUAGGUAGCUUGCUAAUGUUGCCAUAUGUAUUUUUUUUUAUUUUAUAUAAAAAAAAAAAACAAGAUCACAUUGAAAUAACUAAAAUUUUUUAUGAAUUUGUAAAUGAAAAUACUUUAUUGAUUAAGGAAGAAGCUAUUGAUGUAAUCUUUUU